AGGGAAGAGAGAUAUCUUCAUCAAGAAAGAACAGUUAGGAGUCGCGACGUAGAAGGCCGCGGGAGAAGCUAUAUUCAUUCAUUGCAAAAUGGCUACGUCCGAUUCUAAAGCACCUCUGCGAACUGUAAAAAGAGUCCAAUUUGGCAUUCUUUCUCCCGAUGAAAUACGUCGGAUGUCCGUCACAGAUGGCGGUAUUCGUUUUCCAGAAACUAUGGAAGGUGGUCGCCCAAAACUUGGUGGACUUAUGGAUCCAAGACAAGGUGUCAUUGAUAGAAAUUCUAGAUGUCAAACAUGUGCGGGUAAUAUGACAGAAUGUCCAGGACAUUUUGGUCAUAUAGAUUUGGCAAAGCCAGUUUUUCAUGUUGGUUUUAUAACAAAAACAAUAAAAAUCUUAAGAUGUGUAUGUUUUUAUUGUUCAAAACUUCUUGUUAGUCCACAUAAUCCAAAAAUUAAAGAAAUUGUUAUGAAAACUAAAGGUCAACCACGAAAACGUCUUACAUUUGUUUAUGAUUUAUGUAAAAGUAAAAACAUUUGUGAGGGUGGUGAUGAAAUGGAUAUUAAUAAAGAAAAUCAGGAACAGCAAUCUAUAGAAAGAAAACCUGGACAUGGUGGAUGUGGUAGAUAUCAACCAAAUCUUCGGAGAUCUGGUUUAGAUGUUACUGCUGAAUGGACACAUGUAAAUGAAGAUUCACAAGAAAAAAAAAUGGCACUUACAGCAGAAAGAGCUUGGGAGAUUUUAAAGCAUAUUACAGAUGAAGAAUCAUUUAUUCUUGGUAUGGAUCCAAAAUUUGCACGACCAGAUUGGAUGGUAGUAACUGUUUUACCUGUUCCACCUUUAUCAGUUAGACCAGCAGUUAUUAUGUAUGGUUCUGCUAAAAAUCAAGAUGAUUUAACACACAAGCUUGCUGAUAUUAUAAAAGCAAAUAAUGAAUUAAUUAGAAAUGAACAAGCUGGCGCAGCAGCUCAUGUGAUAUCAGAAAAUAUAAAAAUGUUACAAUUUCAUGUAGCAACAUUAGUUGAUAACGAUAUGCCUGGUAUGCCAAGAGCUAUGCAAAAAUCAGGUAAACCUCUAAAAGCUAUAAAAGCAAGAUUAAAAGGAAAGGAAGGCAGAAUACGGGGAAAUUUGAUGGGUAAACGUGUUGAUUUCUCUGCUCGUACUGUUAUUACUCCUGAUCCUAAUUUACGAAUUGAUCAAGUGGGCGUGCCUAGAAGCAUUGCUCAAAAUUUAACAUUUCCUGAAAUUGUAACGCCUUUUAAUAUUGACAAAAUGCAAGAACUUGUUAGACGUGGAAAUUCGCAAUAUCCAGGAGCUAAAUAUAUUGUUCGAGAUAAUGGAGAAAGAAUUGAUUUGAGAUUUCAUCCAAAACCAUCCGAUCUACAUUUGCAAUGCGGUUAUAGAGUGGAACGUCAUAUCCGAGAUGGCGAUUUAGUAAUUUUCAAUCGACAACCGACAUUACAUAAAAUGAGUAUGAUGGGUCAUAGGGUGAAAGUCUUACCAUGGAGUACAUUUCGUAUGAAUCUUAGUUGUACAUCACCAUAUAAUGCCGAUUUCGAUGGUGAUGAAAUGAAUUUACAUGCCCCACAAUCAAUGGAGACUCGUGCAGAAGUAGAAAAUAUUCAUGUAACACCGCGUCAAAUUAUUACGCCACAAGCUAAUAAACCAGUUAUGGGUAUUGUACAAGAUACACUUACUGCUGUAAGAAAAAUGACUAAAAGAGAUGUUUUUAUUGAAAAAGAACAAAUGAUGAAUAUUCUUAUGUUUUUACCUAGUUGGGAUGGCAAAAUGCCUCAACCUUGCAUACUAAAACCAAAACCUCUAUGGACUGGUAAACAAAUUUUUUCCUUGAUUAUACCAGGCAAUGUAAAUAUGAUAAGAACUCAUAGCACACAUCCAGAUGAAGAAGAUGAUGGACCAUACAAAUGGAUUUCUCCUGGUGAUACCAAAGUCAUGGUAGAACAUGGAGAACUUGUUAUGGGUAUACUUUGUAAAAAAACUUUAGGUACAUCUGCUGGGUCAUUACUUCACAUUUGUAUGUUAGAAUUGGGACACGAAGUCUGUGGACGAUUUUAUGGAAAUAUUCAAACUGUAAUUAACAAUUGGUUACUUUUGGAAGGUCAUUCAAUUGGUAUUGGAGAUACUAUUGCUGAUCCACAGACUUAUUUGGAAAUUCAGAAAGCCAUCAAGAAGGCCAAAGAAGAUGUGAUAGAAGUUAUUCAAAAAGCACACAAUAUGGAAUUAGAACCUACACCAGGUAAUACCUUAAGACAGACUUUUGAAAACCAAGUAAACAGAAUUCUGAAUGAUGCUCGUGACAAAACUGGUGGUUCUGCCAAAAAAUCUCUGACAGAAUACAAUAAUUUAAAGGCUAUGGUAGUAUCAGGAUCAAAAGGAUCUAAUAUUAAUAUUUCUCAAGUUAUUGCUUGUGUCGGCCAACAAAAUGUAGAAGGUAAACGUAUUCCAUUUGGUUUUCGUAAACGAACGUUGCCACAUUUUAUUAAGGAUGAUUAUGGUCCUGAAUCCAGAGGAUUCGUCGAAAAUUCGUAUCUUGCUGGUUUGACUCCAUCUGAAUUUUAUUUUCAUGCUAUGGGUGGUCGUGAAGGUCUUAUCGAUACUGCUGUAAAAACUGCAGAAACUGGUUACAUUCAACGUCGUUUAAUAAAAGCUAUGGAAUCUGUAAUGGUGCAUUAUGAUGGAACAGUUAGAAAUUCUGUGGGACAACUUAUUCAAUUACGUUAUGGUGAAGACGGUUUAUGUGGUGAAACUGUUGAAUUUCAGAAUCUACCUACUAUUAAAUUGAGCAAUAAAGCAUUUGAGAAAAAAUUCAAAUUUGAUCCAACUAAUGAAAGAUAUCUUCGUCGUAUUUUCAAUGAAGAUAUUGUUAGAGAAAUGAUGGGAUCUGGUGAAGUAAUAUCUGAAUUAGAAAGAGAAUGGGAACAGUUAAACAAAGAUCGUGCUGUACUUCGAGAGAUUUUCCCUAGCGGAGAAUCGAAAGUAGUAUUGCCUUGUAAUUUGCAAAGAAUGAUUUGGAACGUACAAAAGAUUUUUCAUAUAAAUAAGCGUGCACCUACCGAUCUUAGUCCUAUGAAAGUCAUACAAGGUGUGAAAGAUCUUUUGGAUAAAUGCAUUAUUGUAGCUGGUGAUGAUAGACUUAGCAAACAAGCUAAUGAAAAUGCUACAUUAUUAUUCCAAUGUUUAGUAAGAUCUACUUUAUGUACAAAAUGUGUUUCUGAAGAAUUUAGAUUAUCCAGUGAAGCUUUUGAAUGGCUUAUUGGAGAAAUUGAAACUAGAUUCCAACAAGCACAGGUAUCACCUGGAGAAAUGGUAGGUGCUUUAGCCGCACAAUCACUUGGUGAACCUGCAACUCAAAUGACACUUAAUACUUUUCACUUUGCUGGUGUAUCAUCAAAAAAUGUAACUCUCGGUGUGCCAAGAUUAAAAGAAAUUAUAAAUAUCAGUAAGAAACCAAAAGCUCCAUCGUUGACUGUAUUUUUGACGGGAGCUGCAGCAAGAGAUGCUGAAAAAGCAAAAAAUGUACUUUGCCGAUUAGAACAUACUACAUUAAGAAAAGUUACAGCAAACACUGCGAUUUAUUAUGAUCCAGAUCCACAAAAUACCGUAAUCGCAGAAGAUCAAGAAUUUGUAAACGUUUACUAUGAAAUGCCUGAUUUUGAUCCAAAUAAAAUAUCACCAUGGUUACUUCGAAUUGAAUUAGAUCGCAAGAGGAUGACCGAUAAGAAGUUAACUAUGGAACAAAUUGCGGAAAAGAUCAAUGCUGGCUUCGGUGACGAUUUAAACUGUAUAUUUAAUGAUGAUAAUGCCGAAAAAUUAGUUCUUCGAAUUAGAAUAAUGAAUAGCGAUGAUAACAAAUUUCAAGAUAGCGAGGAAGAAACUGUUGAUAAAAUGGAGGAUGAUAUGUUUCUUCGAUGUAUUGAAGCAAAUAUGCUUAGUGACAUGACAUUACAAGGUAUUGAAGCAAUUGGAAAAGUGUACAUGCAUUUACCUCAAACUGAUGCUAAGAAACGUAUAGUUAUCACAGAAACUGGUGAAUUUAAAGCAAUAGCAGAAUGGUUAUUAGAAACGGAUGGUACAAGUUUGAUGAAAGUAUUGAGUGAAAGAGAUGUUGAUCCAGUUAGAACAUUUAGCAAUGAUAUUUGUGAGAUAUUUCAAGUAUUAGGUAUAGAGGCUGUGAGAAAAUCAGUAGAAAAAGAAAUGAACGCUGUGUUGCAAUUUUACGGUCUUUACGUAAACUAUCGUCACCUUGCUUUGCUUUGUGACGUAAUGACUGCUAAAGGACAUUUAAUGGCUAUAACUCGUCAUGGAAUUAAUAGACAAGAUACUGGUGCUCUUAUGAGAUGUUCCUUCGAAGAAACAGUAGAUGUUCUAUUGGAUGCUGCGUCUCAUGCAGAAGUAGAUCCAAUGAGAGGAGUAUCAGAAAAUAUUAUCAUGGGACAACUUCCACGUAUAGGAACAGGAUGUUUCGAUUUGCUAUUGGAUGCCGAGAAAUGUAAGGUCGGUAUUGAAAUACCAAUGGCAGUAGGUGCUGGUGUGAUGGGAACUGCUGGAAUGUUCUUUGGUAGUGUUGCUACACCAAGUAUGAGUCCUCAAAUGACACCUUGGAUGGGUGCCACACCUGGUUAUGGGGCUUCAAGUAUGUCACCUGCAUUGGGAAGUGGUAUGACACCAGGAGGAGCAUGUUUCUCGCCAUCAGGAGCAUCAGAUGCUUCAGGGCUUUCUCCUGCAUAUUCUGCAUACUCUCCACAACCUGGAAGUCCAGGAAGUCCAGGACCUAGCAUGAGUCCAUAUCCAAUGUCACCAGCAGGUGGCGCUUCACCAAGUUAUUCACCUACAUCUCCAGCCUAUUUGCCAACGUCGCCUAGUAUAACACCGUCGAGUCCAAACUAUUCACCUACAAGUCCCACUUAUUCACCUACUAGUCCAAACUAUUCACCAACAAGUCCAAGUUAUUCACCAACGAGUCCAAGUUAUUCACCAACAUCACCAAGUUAUUCACCAACAAGUCCAAGUUACUCACCAACAUCACCAAGUUAUUCACCAACAAGUCCGAGUUAUUCACCAACUAGUCCAAGUUAUUCACCAACAAGCCCAAGUUAUUCGCCAACAAGUCCAAGCUACUCGCCAACAAGUCCAAGUUAUUCUCCUACAAGUCCAAGUUAUUCACCAACAUCGCCAAGUUAUUCUCCAACAAGUCCAUCAUAUUCACCAACGUCACCGAGCUAUUCACCAACAAGUCCAAGUUAUUCACCAACUAGUCCAAGUUAUUCACCAAGUUCACCAAAUUACACACCUGCUUCACCAUCUUAUUCUCCAACGAGUCCAAGUUAUUCACCAAGUUCUCCACAAUAUUCGCCAGCUAGUCCAAGUUAUUCACCGAGUAGUCCAAAAUAUUCUCCAACGAGUCCAUCGUAUUCACCUACGUCUCCAUCAUUUGCUGGAACUUCGCCACAAUAUACACCAGCGAGUCCAACAUAUUCUCCAACAAGUCCAACAUAUUCACCAACGAGUCCAUCAUAUUCACCUAGUUCACCACAACACACAGCAUCAGGAAGUACAAGAUAUUCACCUAGUAGUCCAAAUUAUUCCCCAACUAGUCCAACAUAUUCGCCUACAAGUCCUCAAUAUUCACCGUCGAGUACCAAAUAUUCACCUACCAGUCCAACGUAUACACCGACUAGUCCAAGUUAUUCGCCGACGAGUCCAACGUAUUCUCCACCAGUACCGGGUUAUUCUCCAACGAGCCCCACGUAUUCCCCUGCAUCUCCAGCUUACGAAACAGAUGAUUAAAAAGUAUUAUAUUUAUUUAUAUGAUUUUUUAUUAUUGAAUAUUUACUAUGGAUUAGAUAUAAAUAUGAAAAAUUAUCACAUUUUAAUCCUCAAUUUUUCUAAUUUCAUAUAUAAAUUUAUGCAUGAUUUUCUUAAUUCUCGAGUAAAUAUCUUAAUUAGGUCGGAGAAUAUUUUUGUUUCUUUUUAAAGAAGAAAUGACUUCGAAUCAAAUUUGGUUAAAAUGAGUAUGGGAUAGUAAUAUUCAAAAAGAUCAAUAUUGUUUAAGUAAUCAUCAAGAAGAAAUCAUCAAGCAGAUUCAUAUGAUAAAAUUAACAAUCGUUGGUACAAUAUACAGAUAUCAAUAUACGAUUUAUCAAUGCCAUUUAAAAGGUAUUUUUUAUAUUACAAAAUGCAUAUAUCAUGUCGAGCAUAUUAUUUAUAUUUGAAUUUUAUGUUCAACAUAGAUCUUGCCGCUUCAUACUAUAUUUCUUGUUAUGUAGCUUUGAAGGAAGAAAUGUUAAUAUGUUGAGGGUCUUCCUUCGUCGCUAUUGCUGUAUCUAGCUAAGACAUACGCUCGAUAAAGUAUCAUAUUACCUUCUGAUACAGUAUUUGUUACUACAAAACAGAAAACCGGUUCACAUUCUACAUGCAUCGAUGUCGGAUAGUACGAAAUAUUUUCU